AAGGGCUGCAGUCUCGCCGAUCGAUCAGUUCAAUUUUUAAGUUCUUAAGUGAUAAGUGAUGGAUAAUUGGAGCCCCGAUAACAUGUCCGCCAUGCCCCUGAGCCACAUGGUGCGUCCCCAGGGAUUCGGUUUGGAGCAACUGCGUCGCACCUUGGGCAACUCGGCCAUUAGGGAGCAAUGCUACUUCAUCUAUGGGACCAACAAUGUCCUGGAGAUCAUCGUGGGAUUCGAGCAACUGCUCGCCCACGAGGAGAUCGAGUUUGGAGCCGAGCAGCUGGCAGCAGUGCAUGUGGCCGGGAUAAUGGUAUUCCUGUUGCAUCACGAGGAUCUGGCCGGUACCCAGGUGAAGAGGACCCUGUUCCUGCAGAGAUGCUUCGAUUAUAUGGCCUGCACCGAGGAAACCCAUGUGCAUCAGUUGUGCGUGGAGAUCCUCAACCUGCUGGACGCCAAUGACUCCAGCGUCAUGAUGAACCUGAUCCUGUGCUGCCGCAUGGCCAGCCCCUUGAGCACCAUGGCGCGUGUGGUGGGCACCUGCCUGCUGUGGUCUCUUCUCGAUCGCCUCACCGAGAUCGGCCUGGAAUCACAUAUAAUGCGUCCCUAUGGUACUCUCCUACUGGCAGUGGCUGUCGUGAAUCCCGGUCUAUAUCUGGAUUCCUACUUGCAUGCCCUGCACCUGGUGGUGCGUCUAAUUGCUUCGCUUUUGGUGCUGGGACCACUCGGCGGACAGCCGCAAAAGUUAUGCCACGAGGCUGGAAUAUCCGAGGAGCUGAUGCAACUCACCAAGGAUGAUGCGGCGGUCAUAUUCCGCUGGCUGAUGGCCAUCGUGGAGGAGCUGCGCCCCCAAAUGGUGUUGGGCAACGAUCUGGGCCACCUGGAGGAGCGUCUUGUGCUGCUGGAAGCUGUCUGCGAACUGAUGCAGUUACUCCAUGGCCAUAUGAUCAAGUUCUAUCAGGAGGCCAAGAUUCUACCGGCUCCCAAAGAUGUCAACAAUAGAAAUCUUGAAAAGUGGCGCUAAAACUUUUGUAAACAAACACCACUUUAUAACUGUAACUGAAGAGUGAUGCCAGAUCGGGCCAAGGGUAACUACGGUCACUCUAAAGCCA